AUGAGCAACGACAAGGACAACUUGAACAUGAGCGAUCUCUCCUCCGCUCUUAACGAGGAGGGUCGUGCUGGGCUUGUUAAUGCUCUUAAGAACAAGUUGCAGAAUUUGGCUGGACAACAUUCAGAUGUCCUCGAAAACUUGACACCGACGGUCAGGAAGCGUGUUGAGGUUCUAAGAGAGAUCCAAAACCAAUACGAUGAAAUGGAAGAGAAAUUCUUCGAGGAAAGGGCAGCUCUUGAAGCUAAAUACCAAAAGUUAUAUCAGCCUUUAUAUACCAAGCGAUACGAGAUUGUGAACGGUGUGGUGGAAGUUGAAGGUGCACCGGAAGAAGUUAAAGCAGAACAAGGAGAAGACAAAGCUGAAGAGAAAGGAGUACCUAAUUUCUGGCUUAUUGCAUUGAAGAACAAUGAAAUUACCGCUGAGGAGGUAACCGAGAGAGAUGAAGGUGCUCUCAAGUAUCUUAAAGAUAUCAAGUGGACUAGAGUUGAAGAACCAAAAGGGUUCAAGCUCGAGUUUCUCUUUGAUCAGAACCCUUACUUCAAGAACACUGUCUUGUCCAAGACAUACCACAUGAUUGAUGAAGAUGAGCCUAUCCUCGAGAAGGCCAUUGGGACGGAGAUUGAGUGGUAUCCUGGAAAAUGCUUGACUCAGAAGAUCCUAAAAAAGAAGCCAAAGAAGGGAUCCAAAAACACAAAGCCGAUCACCAAGACUGAGGACUGCGAGAGUUUCUUCAACUUUUUCAGUCCACCUCAAGUUCCUGACGACGACGAGGAUCUUGAUGAUGAGAUGGCUGAUGAACUCCAGGGACAAAUGGAGCAGGACUACGAAAUCGGAUCAACCAUUAAAGAGAAGAUCAUCUCGCAUGCUGUGUCAUGGUUCACUGGUGAAGCUGUCGAUCCAGACGACCUGAUGGAAGAUGAUGAGGAGGAAGAGGAAGAUGAUGAGGAGGAAGAGGAAGAUGAUGAAGAUGAUGAUGAGGAAGAUGAAGACGAUGACGAGGAAGAAGAGCAAGGAAAGAAGAACAGAAAGAAGAAGGCUGGAAGAAGUAGUCAAGUUGCGGAAGGUCAACAAGGUGAGAGGCCACCGGAGUAUAGAAGCUGCCCUUCCAUGGCGAGAAUAAUCCGAAACUUGUCUUCACUGAGACAGUCUCUGUUCUCUUCAGAGCUACUUAGUAGAAGUGCAGUCGGCACAUCGUUUCAGCUACGAGGUUUUGCUGCCAAAGCUAAAAAGAAGUCUAAGUCAGAUGGAAAUGGAUCAUCUGAGGAAGGUUUGUCGAAAAAGGAGAUUGCUCUUAAGCAAGCGAUUGAGCAGAUAACGAGCUCGUUUGGCAAAGGGUCAAUCAUGUGGCUCGGUCGCGCUGUUUCUCCUCGAGAUGUUCCGGUUUUCUCUACCGGAUCUUUUGCCCUCGAUGUAGCUUUAGGAGUCGGUGGCUUUCCUAAGGGACGUGUUGUGGAGAUAUACGGUCCUGAAGCUUCUGGAAAAACAACACUUGCUCUUCAUGUUAUUGCAGAAGCACAAAAAAAAGGAGCGACAUGUGUCUUUGUAGAUGCUGAGCAUGCUCUUGAUUCGUCACUCGCUAAGGCGAUCGGUGUAAAUACAGAGAAUCUGCUUCUGUCACAGCCUGAUUGUGGCGAGCAGGCUCUUAGUCUUGUAGACACUUUAAUCCGAAGUGGUUCCGUUGAUGUUAUUGUAGUUGAUAGUGUGGCUGCUCUUGUACCUAAAGGAGAACUUGAAGGAGAGAUGGGUGAUGCACAUAUGGCUAUGCAAGCCAGAUUGAUGAGCCAGGCUUUGCGUAAAUUGAGCCACUCUUUAUCGUUAUCGCAAACGCUUCUCAUCUUUAUAAAUCAGGUGAGAGCAAAACUAGCUACAUUUGGAGGAUUUGGAGGUCCGACAGAAGUUACAUGUGGUGGAAAUGCCUUGAAGUUUUAUGCUUCUAUGCGUCUGAAUAUUAAGCGAAUCGGAUUUGUCAAGAAAGGAGAAGAGAUAACGGGAAGUCAAAUCCGUGUGAAGAUAGUGAAGAACAAACUGGCACCACCAUUCAGAACAGCAGAUUUUGAGCUUGAGUUUGGGAAAGGAAUCUGCAAGGCCACUGAGAUAAUCGACCUGAGCAUAACGCACAAGUUCAUUGCCAAAAACGGAACGUUCUACAAUCUAAACGGGAUUAACUACCGUGGAAAAGAGGCUUUGAAGAAGUUUCUGAGACACAACGAACCGGUUCAAGAAGAGCUCAUGAACAAGCUCAAAGACAAGCUCAUCGCCGAUGAAGCUGCAGAUAAGGAAUCUGAAUCUGAGGAAGAAGAAGAUUCGGUGAGCGUUGUGGUUUCAUCUGAGAACACAGAUGAUGAAGCACCACCACCAGCUCUAGUUGUUGCUGCUGCAGUGGUUGAAGCAUGA